AAGCUCCUUAAAGUAACCAACUGAAAUUUUUAAAUAAUCCAUAGACAGUGUUAGUGGCGUUGGGGUUCGCCAAUUUGACUGCCUGUAAUCGUAAUUGAACAGUGGAGCUCUAGAAUAUAACCUCUUUGCAGAUACUGUUUUACCACGUUCGUGGUAUUACUGAGAUAUUUUAUAAUGAAUUAAAAUUUCCUUGAUUCUUGAGAAAAUACAUCCUUCUAGUGUUAAGGAUAUACGACCGUCAACAUGGAUAUGUAUCAGCUGAGAAAUUUCAAAGACUUUCUUUUACUCUACAAUCAAAUAUCCGAGACGUGUUUCAAGAGAUGCGCCAAUACUUUUCUUACUCGAGAGAUCACUGCUAAUGAGGAUCUUUGCAUAAGCAAUUGUGCACAAAAAUAUAUUCGUGCUAAUCACAAGAUAAUGGAGGUAUUUAUGGAAGUGCAACCUAUAAUGGUGCGUAAAAGAAUGGAGGAGAUAAGCGCUACUCAAGCAGCAUUAGAAGCGCAAGCGCAAGAUCAACAAGUACAAAAUCAACAGGUGCAACAGAAUUCACAAUAAUAUUUAUUAUAAAUUUAUAUACCUGGGAUAUAUUUUCUAAUUUCAAACAUUCAUUAGUAAAACAUAAAAUUGUACGGCAGUGUCGAAACAUAUAUGAAGUUGUACCUUGAAAAAGAUUUUAUUAAGUGUACAAAUUAAUUCGGUGCCUUUGCACUUUAAUGUUCUGUAACUCCGGUUCAAAUUUAAAUUUUCAAAGCGCUAUGACUCAUGAAACUUGUAAAAAGACCUUUUACCAGCGAUAGAACUAGGCAGGUGAUUCUGCUGCACGAUACACGCAGCAAAAGCGACGAAGUAUCUCAUCUGUACAUUGGAUUAGGAAAUUCUCCCUCGUGUGACUUAUUCGCCAGAUUCAACCCCAUCGGAUUACCUCCAUAUUUAUAUGCAACCUAUGGUCGCUUCAACAUCAUCUGCCGGAUACGCAUUUUAAAACAGUUGACGAGGUCCGCGAAAAAGCUUCGACGACUUUACCGAGUCAAAACCGCCACGUUUCUUCCGCGAUUCAUCAGCUACCCGAUGGAUAAAGUAUAAAGUCGUAGAAAAUAACGGAAAUUAUUUCGAACAUUAAAUUUGUACUUGAUUUUUUGUAAAUAAACUUGGAAUUUCAAUUUGAA